GAACACGAUGUACGUGACGUCACGCUCUAGACGGAAGUUCCAGCACAGGCAACAGUGAACGUGUGUUUAACCAGUUUAGUGUAAACAGCGGCAUCAUGGACGACGAUAUACUGACGACGUUGAAAAUUUUAAUAAUCGGAGAAAGUGGUGUCGGUAAAUCAAGUUUGCUCCUGCGGUUUACAGAUGACACCUUCGACCCAGAAUUAGCUGCAACUAUCGGUGUGGACUUUAAAGUGAAAACAAUUUCAGUAGAUGGCAACAGAGCAAAGCUGGCCAUAUGGGACACAGCAGGUCAGGAGAGGUUUCGAACUUUAACACCAAGCUACUACAGAGGAGCCCAGGGUGUCAUUUUGGUCUAUGAUGUUGCAAAGCGGGACACUUUUACAAAGCUUGAGAACUGGCUCAAUGAAUUGGAGACAUACUGCACACGCAACGACCUGGUUAAAAUGCUAGUCGGAAAUAAAAUUGACAAGGACGAUCAUGAAGUAGAUCGAAAUGAAGGCUUAAAGUUUGCACGGAAACACUCAAUGCUUUUUAUUGAGGCUAGCGCAAAAACACGGGACGGAGUUCAGUGUGCCUUUGAAGAACUAGUGGAGAAGAUCUUGCAGACUCCGGGGCUCUGGGAAAGCAGCAUCCAUGGUCAAGGUGUCCAGCUGUCUGACGAGGAGCAGCAGCGUCGAGGUGCCUGCGGAGGCUACUGCUCCCUGGUUUAACAUACUCGCCUCAUCCUAAAACCACAAACUGAUGAUAAGCACCGUUAUCUUUUUUCUAAAUGAGAAAUUCAGGGGGGAAGGGUCUGCUCCCUCAGUGGUGGUCAAAGGGACCUUUGCAGUUUGCACACCCUGUCACAUAGCUGUCUUUAGUGUCUGAGCAUUUUGUCGUUGUUAUUAUUGAUUGAUGCAUCACAGUACUAUUUUACCAGUAAACAGUUAUGCAAAAUAUAUCCGAGUGAGGAUUACAAUCUGAGCAGGUUACUAUACCCCCAACAAGAGUACCGAGUUAACUUGCUUCCCCCUCAAUGACAGAGUCACCUUUGACCUGAUGCUUGUAGGCCAAUAGGAUUACAGAAGAGGAGGGGCCGAGAAACCCAUCCUUUAUACAUAUACCAUUACAUGUUAAAUUUCAUCCAUACACUAUGCUUGUUUCUGCUUAAUAUAUAUAUAUCUGUUGCUCUUAUUUUGAAAUCUUCAAUUGUUUAUUUAUAUUCCCAUGUUUUUUUUUUUUUUUUUAUUUUGUUGCCUAGCAUGGUCCUAUUUUCUUAGAUGUUUUUUGUUUUUCAGUUACAGAAAUAUCGCAAAGAUUUGUCUAUGAAAUGCAGCUGCAGUAUCUAUUAGUUUGUUUUGAAGACUACACUACUUUUAAGCUUAUUUAAUCCAUGAUGACCCCUAGCUUGUACGAAUAUUACACCGGCCGGCCCAUUUUAACUCCACUGUGUUUUUAGACGUGAAAUUUGCUACGGCUAUUCAAUAAGUAAAUGAAUACCAAAAACUAUUUCUUAUUGUUUUAAUCACAAUAGCUUCCUGUGACUUGGGUUGUGGUAUCUCAACUUGACGGAUGAAAGAUUUGAUCAUGCCUUAAUAGUUAUUAGCGCUGCAUGUUUAACAUUAUCUUCGCGAGUGUUAAUAUAGCCAGUCAGAAUGGCCAAUGGUAUAUGGUUAAAGCGGUCAUUUAACUUAACUGGUAACACAUCUUGUUUAUAAAAUUUGAGUGUUAAUGCUCUUCACUUGCAUUCCUCUUAUAGUGAUGUUUGCUAUGCUCCAGAGAGAUUAUCCUGUCAUGCCAAGAAUUUCUUGGGACUUCUUGUAACCACAAAACCAAACACUAACCAGUACCAUAAUUAGGACCUCUUACAAUUGAUGGGUAUUGAGUUUAGAUGGAACAGCGUUGUUCUCAUGAAUGCUUCAUACUCAUUUCUGUAAAUGUAUUUUCCUUUGAAGGCUGUUGUACUUGAACGAUGAAGUACAUUUUUGUUAUUUAGUGUAACUUUGGAGUAAUUGUAUGUCUUUUGAGAGCAACAGUGCUGUUUUCUGCAUUAAAAUGUCUAACUUCUCAAA